CUGACCCUCCAGGAGGGCCCACGGGAAGUAGAUCCUCAGCACCUGCCGCACCGCAAAGCAGGCCCGAGCAUUCAUUAAAAAGGAAGACCACUACUACGCGACCGUCCUUGGUGUUUGCCACCGCCUACGCGUACUUUCCGCGGCUUCCGUGCAAGCGCUACGAGAGUGAGAUGUUCAACGUGCACACGGAAUUCGAAGAUUUGCUGAAGGACUUCCUGAAGAUGUACGACAGUUACGCGGACCCCGUUGUGGAAGUCAUGGACGCCGUGGUCCUGCACCAGAUCACCUCGAUCAGCGAAUCCUUUUUGAAAAUCAUCGAGAGCUACCGCCUCAUCCUGUGCACGACUUUAUGUGCCGAGAGCUGCCACUUCGGCGGGCCCGAUGGCUACGGGGUACGGCGUGGUGGUUUGGUGCGUCGGAUCUCCGCUCGUCGUGUUAGUGGUUUCAAUGGGGUGGGUCCUGGAUGAGCGAUAGCUUUUUGCAUGAGAGGAAACUGGUCUUGCGUGAAGAUAGCUUGAAAGCAAUCGCAAAAUGAGCUCCUGCAGCAUGUGAAUCAAUAAAGUUGAUGAUCAUGUGCAAAAACGACCAUACCCAGUUGUUUCACAGAGUGCCACGACCAUGAGAGUUUCUGAUCUUUUUCGAUUCGAUACACGACCUACUGGAUCGACCACUGGAUCACAGCGCCCGGAUUCCCACCCGGAUUCGGGGCGUCUGGCAGGGCGGCUCCGGCAUGA